CAGUCCCCUUCGCGUCGAGUCGACUUCAGUUGGUUCGACCGCGUUGUGUGCCGACGGUGUUUAUUGCGUGCGCGCGUUCCGAGCGGUGUGUGCGCGUCCACCGUCACUCCACCUUCAUGUAUCGUCGCCGUCACCACGACCUCGUCGGUUCGCGGGAUCUCGUUGGAUAAACGGUGGAGAAAAAAGGCGUCGGCGCGGCCUCGGAAGUGCGAAACGACACGGCGGCUACGACGCCGAGCUCUCCCGUCGCGCCCGGUAUUCCCUCACGCUCGAUAAUGAGGGACAUGGCAGGUAAGAUCGCCGAGUUGAAGUUCGAGGCACCCCUCGCCCGCUUCGAGGAGGAGGACACCGCCAGCCUGAAGAACAUGAACCUCCUGACAGAACAAUUAUUGGACGCCAGCCUGGACGCGAGUUUCGGCGAGAAUUGCAACGCGAACGAGCCACCGACGACGCACGAGAAUGGCACCGAUAUCCUCCAGGAAGGAACGUUUAGUCCGUUCAGCGGCAGCCUCGAGGACCUCGUCAAUACUUUCGAUGAAAAGAUCACGUCCUGUUUCCGCGAUUAUGGCACCGACGUGGAGUCGCUGGCCCCGGUGCAAGUGCGAACGCAAGAAGAGAUCAUGAACGAGUGCCAGAUGUGGUGGACGAUUACGGGAACUUUCGGAAAUAUAUUACCGAUCGACUGGAGCAAAUCCUACGCGAGGAAAAUGCACAUGCCCGCUUUGAAUCUGAACGAAGCACCCGCUUCGACAGAAAGACCCGAACUAGAGGAUUUAAGUAGCGAAGAUGAGGCGGUUGCGACAGAUCUGGACAUGCAUGCUUUAAUAUUAUCCAGCAGCACCGAUACCCACAGUCCUGAGGAACCGCUGAAGACUGCCGAGGAAGUUCUCCGCGAGAUAGAUGACAUAAUGCAGGAAAGUCCGUCAAUGGAAAGAUCGCCGGAUUCAGAGGGUUCCCUGUUAGAUAGCGAUGAGGCUUUAGAGAGAAGUAGGGAGGUACUUGGAUCACCACUGCACGAGAAGAAAUUGAAGCAGCUUUCGUCCAGCCAACUGACUGAACUUUUCGGAGAGAUGGAAUCCUUGGUCGCAGCCUUGAGCGAAACACUGAUCGCCGAGCUUGCGCUCAGGGACGAAUUAGAAUUCGAAAAGGAGUUGAAGAAUCAGUUCAUUUCUUUACUGUUGGCCGUGCAAAAUCGGCGCAGACAGCAUCACGUUACGAAGAAGAGAAAUCAAAUGCAGAAUGGUACUAGUCCGUUGCCGCAGCAUAGAUCUUUGCAGGAGCCGAAGUACCUGACGACUGUAAUUCCAUAUCAUACAGAUAGUGGCCCGCCAGACAAUCAAGCUUUGCAAGUACUUAUCAAAAUAUUAAAAGCCAUCAGCGACGAUAGCCCAACAGUACCUACUUUGCUAACGGAUUACAUACUCAAAGUGUUAUGUCCGACUUAAGACAGGACAUGUCGAAAAUAAAAGUGAAAGGGUUGUCAGCAGAAUACAAUGUGCUCUCUUCUUCUUGCCAGUACGCUUUUUCAGCCGUUAUUGUGCCGCAUGUUAUUGCAUUAAGGCAACUAGCUUAUAAGUUGGUCAUACUCGAUUAUUGGCUGUAGCAGUAGAUAAGGUUCUCCGAUAUUCUAUCUAGUCUUAAUUUAUACAUUACGAUGUGUAUAUUAUACUUGCUUAAGAUAUUGUAAGUAUAUUUUUAAUAACUCGCAUAACAUAUAUUUUACUGACUCGCGUUAAGUCGUACGUCAUUCUUACAGUUUUCAUAUUUAUAUUGUACUAUGACUCGAUUCAGUUUUGUAUUUUUUCUUGUACAUAAAAAUCUCUCGAAAAGCUUUCUUAUAUUGCAAUGUCAUCGCAAAGGUAGCACAAGAGCUCCUUACUUAGGGAUCUAACAAACUGCUAUUUGUAGAUCGGUUUCUAAUUAAGGAAUUCGAAUUAGUGUACAUUGUUGUAAUGCUAACUAGUGUUUAGAGAUGUUUCAUUCACCGGAAUAUCACGCGCAGAAUGAAAAAUCUUGCAGUGUCAAACAAUUAAGUCACUUGCCCCACCGUACGAUAAUGUAAUUGUUCUCACACAACGCGCUAAAGUUUGGGACACUGUGUUUGUUAAAAUGAGAAAUAAAUUGAACAACUUCACCGCUCUCUGA